UUGAAAUUUAACAGCCGACGUGCGCGGUGGGCAGAACAAAAAAAGCGCGAAGAUCGUGUGGUGUAGAAACCGCUAAAGCGAGAAACGAGUCAAAUACAGAAAGAGUAGAAGCAGAAGAGGAAGAAACUACAAGAAGUGCGUGAUUCCAGUGCGUUUUCAUUGCACAUUCCACUCUCGUUCGCGGUCCGCAGUACUAUUUAAGUUGUCGUUGCGUACGGUUUUUCUCUGCCACUCUGUUUCUGUUUCUGCUUCUCUAUCUCUCUCACACACUCUUUCGCCGUCUUUGUCUAUUUGUCGUUCUCCCACUUUCGCUGUCAGUCCUGUUGUUGCGCGUGCGUGCCAAAAGUGAAAAGUGUUGGAGAGAGAAAGGUGUAAGCCAGCAAGGACCUGUGUGAGUGUGUGGCGAGUGUAACUGCAGUUGUUUGCCGCACUCAGUUUAUCCUUGUUUGUAACCGUGGCGAAGGAACUGAACAACUUAUUAACGUUGCAACAGAACACAGUCGAGAUGACACAACAACCACAAUGGGGCAUAAGUUUAUCAAAGUAUUUUAUAUUACCACAACGUGUGAUAUUGGCCAUCAUGGGCUUUCUGGCCAUCCUGAAUGCCUACACGAUGCGCGUGUGUCUCUCCCAGGCCAUCACUGUCCUUGUGAUCAAGAAGAACAACUCGGAAACGGAGGAUGGCGGUCAUGCGAUCUGUGAGGCGGAUGAUUUGGAUGAUGGUGGCGCUGCCAGCAGUGGCGAUUACAACUGGUCCGAGGAGUUGCAGGGCCUGAUCUUGUCGUCCUUCUACAUUGGUUACAUUGUCACCCAUGUGCCCGGCGGUCUCCUUGCCGAGAAGUUUGGCGGCAAAUGGACUCUCGGCCUGGGCAUCCUCUCAACGGCUGUAUUUACCAUGCUAACACCGCUGGCCAUCGACUUGGGUGGCUCCGACUGGCUGAUUGUGACCCGUGUGCUGAUGGGUUUGGGCGAAGGUACCACAUUCCCAGCCUUGAGUGUCCUGCUAGCCGCAUGGGUGCCGGCCAACGAACGUGGCAAACUGGGCGCUUUGGUUCUUGGCGGUGGCCAAGUGGGCACCAUUAUGGGUAAUUUACUAUCGGGCGUCUUCCUCGAGGCCUACGACUGGCCAUUUGUGUUCUACUUCUUCGGCGGUCUUGGCGUUAUUUGGUUUGUCAUCUUUGUCUUCCUGUGCUUCAGCGAUCCCAGCUCGCAUCCCUUUAUCAAGCCCAGCGAACGUGAGUAUCUCAUCAAGGAGAUCGGCAGCAUUGGUCGCAAUGAGAGUCUGCCACCCACACCCUGGAAGGCGAUCCUCACCAAUCUGCCCAUGUUUGCGUUGGUUGCUGCUCAAAUCGGUCACGAUUGGGGCUUCUAUAUCAUGGUGACGGAUCUGCCCAAAUAUAUGGCCGAUGUUCUGCAGUUCUCCAUCAAGGCGAACGGUCUGUACUCCUCCCUGCCCUACAUAAUGAUGUGGAUCGUGUCCGUUGGCAGCGGCUUCGUGGCGGACUGGAUGAUUCGUAAAGGCAUUAUGAAUACGACAAAUACGCGCAAAAUGAUGACAGGAUUGGCGGCCUUUGGCCCGGCCAUAUUUAUGGUGGGCGCCUCAUAUGCCGGCUGUGAUCGCACCCUGGUCGUGGUCCUCUUCACCAUCUGCAUGGGAUUGAUGGGAGCCUACUAUGCGGGCAUGAAGCUCAGUCCGCUGGACAUGAGUCCCAACUAUGCCGGCACUCUGAUGGCCAUUACGAAUGGCAUUGGUGCAAUUACGGGUGUGAUUACGCCAUACCUGGUAGGUGUUAUGACACCAAAUGCCUCGCUGCUCGAGUGGCGAACUGUCUUCUGGGUGGCCUUUGGUGUACUCUGCGUCACUGCGGUCAUCUACUGCAUCUGGGCAUCCGGCGAGAUACAGCCCUUCAACAACGCGCCCAUCGAGCCACGCAGCGUUGACUAUGAGGCCGAGGAGCGUAAAUCCGAGCAUAAAAUGAAGCCCCUGGAGCGCAGCUCCUAGAGUCUGAGUAACCAAAAGUGCCAUAACUAUUAACGUUGUGCUCUAGUUCAUAUCAUAUUUACAAUAUAUGUACUAUAUCAGUUUUAAUGCGUGUGCAACCGUUGAAUUUUGCGAAUUUGUUGUGGUUACCGCCCGCGAAGACAUUGUUAAUGUAUGUUUGUAUUAUAUAACACGGAUUUGUACAACUUGCGAUCACCUAUUGCAAUUGCUAGUUUUAUAGUAUGCCAAAAUGUCGGCCCCCAGUGCGCUGUCUAUAUAUAUAUAUAAAUGUUAAUCUAUAAGCAUUCAGCUGCAGUUCCUUAAGCUUUAAUUUUUAAUCCCGAAAUACGUAGGAUGGCUCUGCUAUCUCCCACAAAACCCCCGUCCCCGUCCCCCUCCCCUCCCCUGUCGCACCUCAAGCCAGUUCACAGCUCCA